AUGCCUCCUCGUGCUAAGAAAAAGAAGAACAUCAGCUCAACAAAUCAACACGAUGAUAAGACCAAUACGCACUCACACGCCCAAACGAGAAGUGGUGUGGCUGCAUCAAAAGCGACCACAUCUCAACCUGUCGCUCCCACCACUGGUUACACAGAAGACGAUUACGAUCUGAAGACAGCCAAUGGCGAAAAUUUGCAACGUACCCGAACGUCCUUACCGCGUACACAUAAAAACAUUGACCCAGCAGAACCAGAUCGCCCCCGCCCCAGACGAUCUUCUGCAGAAGUCCAGGCAGAAAAGGUUGUGGAGGAAAGGAAGAAGCUAAAGAAGAUGAAAGAAAUACAGGCAAAGGAGGACGAAUUGGAGAGGCUGAAGUCUAUGCUACGUGAACAGCAGAUAGUGAGGGAACGGAAGGCAAGAACGAGGGCUUAUGAUUUGCCACAAGUCCCCGAAGAGAUGGAGAAUGAGGGAUAUGGACCUGAAGUAAACCUGGGGGGAGAAUGA